GGGAGAGUCACCGCCAAACUCCACCAUCUCCUGCCCGGUGGGGCCAUGCGAGAGCGGGGAUACUAGCCGCCAGCCGGCGAUGGAUUCCUGGAGGGACUGUUUCCUGGUUCGCUGGGUCUGGGAGCAGUUGGGAUUUGACCCUCCAAAUCACAGUGAAACACGGACGGUAUAUGUUGCGAACAGGUUCCCUCAACAUGGCCAUUAUGUUCCACAGAAAUUUGCAGACAACAGGAUUAUAUCAUCUAAGUACACAGUGUUGAAUUUUGUUCCAAAAAAUUUGUUUGAACAAUUUAGAAGAAUAGCUAAUUUCUACUUUCUCAUCAUAUUUCUUGUUCAGCUUAUGAUCGAUACUCCAACAAGUCCAGUGACAAGCGGACUUCCAUUAUUUUUUGUAAUUACAGUGACCGCCAUUAAACAGGGCUAUGAAGACUGGCUGCGACACAAAGCAGACAAUGAAGUUAAUGGAGCUCCGGUUUAUGUUGUUCGUAGUGGAGGCCUUGUUAAGACUAGAUCAAAAAACAUCAGGGUAGGUGAUAUUGUUAGAGUAGCCAAAGAUGAGACCUUUCCUGCUGAUCUGGUGCUGCUAUCUUCAGACAGAUCGGAUGGCUCAUGCCAUGUGACGACUGCAAGUCUGGAUGGAGAGACAAAUCUCAAAACCUUCAAGGCUGUUCCGGAAACGGCAGUAUUACAGUCUGUUACAAACCUGGAUUCCUUAAUCGCAGUCAUAGAAUGUCAACAGCCAGAGGCGGACCUUUACAGGUUUCUUGGAAGGAUGAACAUACAACAACAUUCAGAAGAUAUUGUAAGACCUCUUGGACAAGAAAACCUUCUACUUCGGGGAGCACGGUUGAAAAACACAAAGGAAAUUUUUGGAGUUGCUGUGUACACGGGAAUGGAGGCAAAAAUGGCCUUAAAUUAUAAGUGUAAAUCACAGAAGCGCUCUGCUGUGGAGAAGUCCAUGAACAGUUUCUUGCUGGUAUAUUUGAUCAUCCUUCUGUUCGAGGCUAUUCUAAGCACAAUCUUGAAGUACGCCUGGCAAGCUGAAGACAAAUGGGACGAGCCAUGGUACAACCAAAAAACUGAACACGACAGGAAUAGCAGUAAGAUUUUGAAAUUCAUUUCUGAUUUCCUGGCAUUCCUGGUUCUUUAUAAUUUUAUCAUCCCUAUUUCACUGUAUGUGACGGUGGAGAUGCAGAAAUUCCUUGGCUCCUUUUUCAUUGGUUGGGACCUUGAUCUUUACCAUGAAGAAAGUAAUCAGAGAGCGCAGGUGAACACUUCUGAUCUGAAUGAAGAGCUGGGACAGGUUGAAUAUGUGUUUACAGACAAAACAGGAACUUUGACAGAAAAUGAGAUGCAGUUUAGGGAGUGCUCAGUAAAUGGAAUUAAAUAUCAAGAGAUCAACGGAAAACUUGUGCCAGAAGGUGUAACCUUGGAUUUUCCUGAUGGAGCCUCUACAAGCUUGAGUGUUGAAGAAGAACUAUUCUUCAAGGCAGUCUCCCUUUGCCACACGGUACAAAUAAGUCAUAACCAGUCAGAUAGCUGUGUUGACGGUCUGCGCUUCUCCAAUGGUAUAUCCACCCAAAUGGAAUACUAUGCAUCUUCACCAGAUGAAAAGGCACUUGUAGAAGCAUCGAAAAGGGUGGGUGUUGCUUUUUCUGGAAUCAGUGGUGACAUAAUGGAAAUCAAAAUUCUUGGAAAACUUGAAAGGUACCAGCUUCUUCAUGUUCUGGAGUUUGAUGCAGAUCGUCGAAGAAUGAGUGUCAUUGUACAGAGUCCUUCUGGGGACAAGAUUCUCUUUACCAAAGGGGCAGAGUCUGCUAUUCUUCCUAAUGUCAGAAGAGGAGAGAUGGAGAGAACAAGGCUGCAUGUAGAUGAGUUUGCUAGGAAAGGACUGCGGACGCUAUGCUUGGCCUACAGGAGAUUCACAGCAGACGAAUACCAGGAGAUUGAUCAGCAGCUUCAACAAGCCCGUAGAGCAAUACAUCAGAGGGAGCAGCAUGUGGCUGAUGUAUUUAAUCUCAUUGAAAAAGACCUGGAGAUACUGGGAGCAACUGGUGUUGAAGACAAGCUCCAGGACAAAGUCCAGGAAACGAUUGAAGCUCUUCGACUGGCAGGCAUAAAAGUGUGGGUGCUAACAGGAGACAAACAUGAAACGGCUGUUAGUGUAAGCUUAUCAUGUGGACAUUUCCAUAGAACAAUGAAUAUUCUUGAGCUUGUACAGCAAAAGUCAGACCAGGACUGUGCAGAGCAGCUACGACAGCUUGGCAGGCGGUUAAAAGAUGACCAUGUGAUCCAACACGGGCUGGUUGUGGAUGGUGCCAGCCUCUCUCUUGCACUCAGGGAACAUGAAAAGCUAUUCAUGGAAGUCUGCAAAAGCUGCUCUGCCGUUUUAUGCUGUCGAAUGGCACCAUUACAGAAAGCAAAGGUGGUCAGGUUAAUAAAAAUCUCUCCAGAAAAACCCAUCACCCUGGCCAUUGGAGAUGGAGCUAACGAUGUCAGCAUGAUCCAAGAAGCCCAUGUAGGCAUAGGAAUCAUGGGAAAAGAGGGCAGACAAGCUGUAAGGAACAGCGACUAUGCAAUUGCGAGGUUUAAAUUCCUCUCAAAACUGCUUUUGGUGCAUGGUCACUACUACUAUAUUAGAGUAGCUACUCUUGUACAAUACUUUUUUUAUAAGAAUGUGUGUUUUAUCACACCACAGUUUUUGUAUCAGUUCUUUUGUUUAUUUUCACAGCAAACACUGUAUGACAGUGUGUACCUGACUUUGUACAAUAUUUGUUUCACUUCCUUACCUAUCCUGGUGUACAGUCUCUUUGAGCAACAUGUGCAUCCACAUGUGUUACACACAAAACCUGGUCUCUAUAGAGACAUUAGUAAAAAUGCCCUACUUGGAUUUAAACCUUUCAUUUACUGGACCUUUCUGGGCUUUGGGCAUGCCUUUAUCUUCUUUUUUGGGUCAUAUUUUCUGAUGGGUGAAGAUACUUCUCUUCUUGGAAAUGGCCAGAUGUUUGGAAACUGGACAUUUGGGACCUUGGUGUUUACAGUAAUGGUUUUAACGGUUACCAUGAAGAUGGCUCUAGAAACUCAGUUCUGGACAUGGAUGAAUCAUUUUGUUAUCUGGGGUUCCAUUGCAUUUUAUUUUAUAUUUUCCUUGUUUUAUGGUGGAAUUAUCUGGCCAUUUUUACAUACACAAGACAUGUACUUUGUAUUCGUGCAGCUGCUCUCCAGUGGAUCUGCCUGGUUUGCCAUAAUCAUCAUCAUCAUUGCUUGUCUGUUGCUUGACGUUGUGAAGAAAGCGCUGUACAGACACCUCUAUCCUACAAGUUCAGAGAAGGCACAGCUUGCUGAGACAGGAUCAGGUAUCAACUGCUUGGACUCAAUGUGCUGCUACAACGGAGGGGAGACAGCGUGCGUGUCUAUUAGAAGACUGCUGGAACGAGUGAUGGGCCGCUGCACAGCACCACGGCUCGCCAGGUGUGGAACCUCUCUAAAUACCCUUUGCUGCCAACGAUUCUCCUAUAAACUGGAAAAUGAUGAACCUGCAGCUUUAGAUGACUAAGGGAAAAGCCUCUCUCUUAUCUCUUAUCUCUUUCUCUCUCUCUCGGGGCAUAAAUAAGAACCAAGGUGGAGCAACAUUCAUUGAUGAACUUUUCUUUCCCUUAUUUAAUUUCCUACGUCUUCUGUAUAUUUUUAUAUGAUGCAUCUUUGUUGUAUGUGUCUUAUUUGUCUGGCUUUUCUCUCUUUUUCCUUUUGCUGGCAUCUUGUCUACGUAAUUCACUAUAGGGUAACCUCUUUCUGUGACCAUUUGAUUUCUGGGAUUUUUAAUUUAACCUUUCGGGCAUGUGCUUUUAAGUGAUAUAAAAUGUCUUUUUCCGUACAUGUCCCGAUUUGAAGGUGGCUCAUUUUCGGGACUUCCUUCCUUCCCAGAAAUCAUUUACCAAAAAUAUUUAACCCUGGGUUUAUCUGCUGUCAAAGUCUUUUGUCUGUCGCCAUUCUCUUUAUAGUCUUGCAAUGUUCUCUGUCCAGCUCAUGCAUAAUGCUGAUUUUAUGUACACAGAUGAAAGUUGUUCAGUUUCUUUUUGGUAAGCGUGUGUUCAGAUGUUAGAAACACGCAAGUUAUUUAGUUAUGCCGUACACUUUUGCUCUGUUUUAGUGUUAAAGGCAUAUUUGUGUCUCUUAGUGUUCCUAGUGUUACAUCAGAAUUGAAUAUUUCCCAGCAGGAGUUAUUCAGUUUCCUUUCUUAUAAGUACUGUGGAGGAAGCCAUUUUGUGACC